CAUGUCAUUCCCGAAGAGAAGAACAAAGCAACUCUCACCUACUCGUGGUACCAAGAGAAAAAAGGCAAAGUUUAAAAAAUGCCGAUCAGCGGUCUCCUGACAUUUUGGAAAGGCAGAGAGAGAAUGGUUUUGAAUACAGUAAUCGCACUGACAACAAUUUUUAGUCAACAAGCAUUUUCGUUCUUCACCUUCAAAUGUCCAUGCAAGACGACAUUGAAUUUAUACUACGCCCUGUCUUUUAUUGCGGUGCCCGCAUUGGUCCUGUUGAUUCUUGGAUAUGCCAUUAAUAAUAUGACCUGGAAAUUAAUCAUGAGCUUUGGAUACGGAACCCAAUUGAAGCUUAAUAGUUGCAAACUGAUCUGCUUUGUCCUGCUCAGUGUAACGGGAAGAGCUGUAAUCGCUCCAGUGACUUGGGUGGCAGUCACUCUGUUGAAUGGUUUGUAUUAUCAGUGCGGCAUGAGUGAGUUUUUGUCAGUGAGCAGCUGGAAUGUGUUUCAGAAUCUCACCCUUCGUGAGCGGAAGGACAUUCUCGCUCGCUUUCCCUGUCCGAAAGUGAGCAUUAAGAAGAUACAUAAUAUCAGUGAAAUAAGAAAUGAAGCUAACCGGAUUCUUCUGUAUCAGUCCCAGAGUACAGAACUCCUUAUUCUCACGUAUGGAUCUCUGGUAGCACAGUUGUGUGAAGACUGUGAAAAGGAUGAGGAUAUCAACAAGGAGUUGGAUAAAAUGGGACGCAACAUUGGCACAAGACUAGUAGAAGAUUUUCUGGCUCGAUCAAAUGUUGCACAAUGUCGUAAUUUUUAUGAAACAGCCGAAGUAAUUGCCAAGGUUGCUUUCAAGAUGUACCUUGGAGUGACCCCACGGGUGACCUUCUGGGGCCAAACUGGAGAUGAUUGCUCGCUGUUUCUAGAGAAGAAUCCGCUCAUCAGCUGUGUGGAAAUACCUGAGAAACAUUCCUGUUUGCUGUACUCCAACAUGAUCUGUGGCAUCUUGAAAGGAGCACUAAAAAUGGUUCGUUUGCAGGUGGAUGUUCAACUACUUCAGGACUCAGCAAAAGAUGGCAAGAUGCUGCAAACCUUCAAUCAAUAUUCAUCUCAGACAAAAGUGGAGAAAUGAUAUACUGUUUCUUAUGCUGUAAUGGGAUUUUAGCCAAACCAAAACUUAAUGCAAUCUAACAUCUCUGUUCCCCACCCCCAGUCUAGGGCAGGUUGAGGCAUGUUGUCUUCUCGUUCACACCCCUAUCUCAUACUUGACAAUCUAAUCACUUGACAUCCUCAUUCAAUUUGCUGUCAUAUUGAUAGUAACAGUAAAUAUGAUAAAUGCACAAUUAUUCUCUUUAGUGAAAUGUAAAAGCAAAGUUUGUAUACAAUGUGAAAGUAUAGUUAACAUAUGACAUCCAAAUAUUUCUUACCUGAGACUGUGCAUGUAUGGUGAGAAGAAUAUCCUCCUGGAUUGGCAGAGGCAACGUUGAGUGGCCACAAGGCAGUUUAAAAAAAUUGGAUUGACAGUCACUGGAUUUGUUUUUGCAGUGUGUUUGUAAGAGGUAUUCAUUGUAAUAGCCACACAUACCACAUUCAUAGAAAGUGCCAUUCAGCAACGCAACAGAAAUCCAAGUUAUGGGGGCUACUAAAGCACCCACUGUGAUUUGUACAAAAAUCUUUAUGCCACGGCAAAUGAUUAUUUUAGAGCAAUGCUUUACUUGAUUGAUGCAACAGCCAGUACAUAGCUUCCAGGUUCGGCUGCUUAUGAAGUAUCCCAGUAAAAAUAAUACCAGGGCUGGGACGAGAAGGAAAACCAUACUGUAGGCAAAGUUCCAAGAAUUACAGGGACAAUUGAACACAACGACAGAGAAUAUUUGUUCUCCCCCAGCUGUUGCUAAGGCCAGAAAGCCGUAGCCUAGGGUAGCAUGCUGCUUCAAAACUAAAUUCAGCACUGUCCUAUAUUUCUCCAUCUUUACAGUACGUGUACUAGGACCAAAUGACUGUUGAUGUAAUUUCCUCUCAGACGUUUUCAGAGCACUUCAUAAAUAAUUUAUAUCAAGUGUUCACUGGUGGUGACCAUUUAUGGGAAAGGGGCUGAGAAAUGAAACCAAAUCUAAUUAAAAAGGAAAGUACUGCACUGUAUGAUAUGCCUGCCAAACGUCCCUUUAAUAAUUAGCUCCAGACUUAACUCUGCGCAAGUGCCAGAAGACACUGUGGGUCCAGGCUCAGCAACUGUUCAUGCUUCCGACAUAUUCAGGGAAUCUCCAAAAACAUCUAGUCAUAUUCCUGAGCAGUUUGCAGUUUAAUCAGAUUAUUCAUUGAAUCCCUUAUGCAAAUGAGAUUAUCUUUUAGAUCAGUUUACUGAAAAAUGAAUCACCUUCUAUUUGUCAUCUUCAGCAUUGUAAUGAAGUUCGCUAUCACACUGCAUGGGUGACCAAUCAAUUUAUAGGACAAAAAUUGACUAACUAUUUUAACACGGCUGUGUGUUUUCAUUUUUACAGUGAUUUCAAGUUUAAUCUGGUAAAAUAUUCAUUAUAGAAGAUACAAUAGACAUUCCAUAACUAAAUGUAAACUAGAAAUUAGUUCCUUUUGGAGGGGAAGGAGGAACUCAGGGAAAUUACAAUGCUGAGAGUAGAAAUUCCCUAGAUUGAUUGCAGAAAUACAGGUUCAUCUUAUGAAGAGAUAUUGAAUAAUUUAGGUCUAUACUCUCUGGAGUUUAGAAGAAUGUGAGGAGCUCUGAGGUAUAUAAGGGGAUUGACAAAGUACACAGAGAGAGGAUGUUUCCCCUUGUGGGACAGUCUAGAGUGAGAGGUCACAGUUUUAGGAUAAGGACUAGCAGGUUUAAGACAGGGCUGAGGAGAAAUUACUUCUCUCAAAGAGUCACGACUCUGUAGAAUUCACCACUCCAAUGCGUGAUGUACACUGGGACACUAAAUAAUUAGAUGAGCAAUUGAUCGAGCAUGAUAGAGGAGCUGAAUUGCCUACUCCUGCUCCUAGUUCCUAUGUUUUAAUGCUUGAGAAGUCUA